GAAGUCGACGGAUCAACCGGUGUCCUACAAAGCAGCGGAAGCUACAGGUUCCUCUCGAGCUACCGUUUCGUCCUCGCCAGCCCCCCUUCAUGCCCUCUUCGAGUGACUGCAUGCCUCCGGGAGCGGAGAUGGCGACGGGCUUCGUGCUCAACACCGGCGCCAAGAUCCCCUCGGUUGGGCUCGGAACCUGGCAGUCCGACCCGAGCGUCGUCGGCGAGGCCGUAUACGCCGCCGUCAAGGCGGGGUACCGGCACAUCGAUUGCGCCAGUGCUUACGACAACGAGAAGGAGGUAGGUUUGGCUCUGAAGAAACUAUUUGAAGAGGGUGUAGUCAAGCGUGAAGAUUUGUUUAUCACCUCUCAGCUAUGGUGCGGUCAUCAUGCCCCUGAAGAUGUGCCGGAGGCACUUGGUGAUUCCUUGAAUGACUUGCAGCUUGAGUACUUGGAUCUUUACCUUAUCCAGUUGCCAUUUAGAGUCAAAAAGGGAACCAACAUUGGCAACGCUGAAAACUACAUACCACCUGACAUCCCAGCUACAUGGGGAGCAAUGGAGAAGUUACAUGAUGCUGGCAAAGCUCGUGCAAUUGGCGUGAGUAACUUCUCAUCGAAGAAAUUGGGUGACUUGCUUUCUGUAGCUCGCAUACCUGCAGCUGUUAACCAGGUGGAGUGCCAUCCUGGUUGGCAGCAAUCUAAACUUCAUACUUUUUGCCAAUCGACUGGUGUUCACCUCUCUGCGUACUCCCCACUAAGUUCACCCGGUUCAAAAUGGAUGAAUGGUAAGGUCCUUAAAGAUCCCAUCGUCAUCUCAGUCGCAGAGAAGCUUGGUAAAACUCCUGCGCAAGUGGCGCUGCGCUGGAACAUUCAGAUGGGUCACGGUGUACUCCCAAAGAGCGUGAGUGAAGAACGGAUAAAGCAGAACCUUGAUGUUAAUGACUGGUCUAUUCCAGACGACUUGCUUGCAAAGUUCUCUGAGAUUAAGCAGUGUGUGCAGUGGCACCCAACAUACAAGUCUGGAUUAGGGAUGUCAGGCGGCGCCCGUUUUUUGCCCGCCAAGGCCCCUUUCUCCGUCUUUCUUCACGUUUCCAGGCUAAUCUAAUCCAUGGGCAGACCCAGAAAAUAAAUUGAGAGGGGGCAAAUGGUGCAAAAUGGGCCAAGUGGGGGUAUUUUUGUGGGCUGAGUGAGGGCAUGCUUCUUAUAUAUGGGCCAAAUAUAAAUGGGCCAAAAAAAUCAAGUGGGGGCAGCUCUCCACGUGUGUCCACCCAUGAUCUAAUCUACGUUACUCUUUUCACCACAUUUCCACAGUGCUGCACCUAAACGGCGGUAAGCGUACAGUAAACGGGCGCCGUUUACAACCUGAGUCUGGAUGGUCUACUGUUUCGUUCAAUGGCAUUGGAGUGGAUGGCUGUUCUUUUUAAGAGAUCAACACUAAUAGAACUGAAUUACCACUUCGCUGUGUAGUAGUGGUUAAUGCGUGCUGGUUGACCUUAUCAGGAAAACGUUGUUUCUCUCAUCGGCAAUCAAUUUCAGGUUCUUACUAUUCCGUAGAGAUGGAUACAUGGUGCUAAUGCCAUUCUGAAUCCUGAUCCCUGAUUAGUUGCAGUAUUGUUGACUAUCAAAGAACUACGAUAUGCAUUUUCCAUGUGUCCGAUUCAAA